AUGAAUUCUCCCGCAACUCGUCUCUUCGCCGCUCGGCCCCUUGUGCUGGGUUUGGCCAAGCUCAUCGUCCUCUCCUUUUCUCACCUUCCUCUCGCAUCGGCCGCACCCGUCCUCUCAUCUUACCUUCUCUCAGCGACCGAUGCCGAAUCACCGCCCGAGCCAUCUGACCCGAACUUGUGGCUUUACCUGGGAAUCUCGGCAGCUCUCGUGCUGAGCGGCGGAGCAUUUGCGGGGCUGACAAUUGCCUUGAUGGGCCAGGAUGAGGUCUACCUGCAGGUGAUUCGUACAUCGGGGGAAGAAUCGGAGAAGAAGAACGCCGCCAGUGUCUUGAACCUGCUAAAGCGGGGGAAGCACUGGGUCCUCGUCACUCUCCUUCUCAGCAACGUCAUCACGAAUGAGACACUGCCUAUCGUCCUCGAUCGGUCCCUCGGCGGUGGAUGGCCGGCCGUCCUGGGCAGCACGGCCUUGAUUGUCAUUUUCGGAGAGGUCGUUCCCCAAUCAAUCUGCGUUCGUUACGGUCUACCAAUAGGUGCCUGGAUGGCACCAUGUGUGCUGAUUCUGAUGUACCUCAUGUCACCUGUCGCCUGGCCGGUCGCGAAGUUACUGGACAGGCUUCUCGGCGAAGACCACGGUACCAUCUACAAAAAGGCCGGAUUAAAGACGCUUGUCACAUUACACAAAACGUUGGGCGAAGCGGGAGAACAACUCAACUCCGACGAAGUCACCAUCAUCAGUGCUGUUCUCGAUUUGAAGGAGAAGUCAGUCGGAACUAUCAUGACACCGAUGGAAGAUGUCUUCACCAUGUCUGCAGACACUGUCCUCGAUGAGCAUACUAUGGACCUUAUCUUGUCCCAAGGAUAUUCUCGUAUACCCAUUCAUGCACCUGAUAACCCGAUGAACUUUGUCGGCAUGCUGCUCGUGAAAAUGCUCAUUACAUACGAUCCGGAAGAUUGCAAGCGCGUUCGUGAAUUUGCAUUGGCUACUUUACCAGAGACGCGACCCGAAACCAGCUGUUUGGACAUCGUCAACUUUUUCCAAGAAGGAAAGUCGCAUAUGGUACUCGUAUCCGAAUAUCCAAGUGAAGACCGCGGUGCUCUCGGGGUUGUCACCCUCGAAGAUGUGAUUGAAGAAUUGAUUGGCGAGGAAAUUAUCGACGAAUCUGAUGUCUUUGUUGAUGUCCACAAGGCCAUCCGUCGGAUGGCACCUGCACCCAAAUCUCGUGUUCCCAAGGGGAAGAUUAUUGAAGAGCCUCCAAUGUCUGUUUCGCAUACAGAUGGCGAUUUAAUUGAAGAGCGUGGAACACGACCCACAACUGUCCCAAGAUGGUCGGAUCCCCCCCGACGUCGAAGCUCUGUCGAAGCACCUCCUCCACGAUUCCAGCUGCGCAAGCAGCAUGGUGAUACCACAUCUAACUCCACUGAACAGUGGUUCACCCAGAGAGGUGCUACUGAUGAAAUUCGCGAACACCUCAAACACCUCGGUCCCUCCAAUCUGGCCAGUCGCCCGCGGCAAACCCGUUACAAUACCGUGAAAAUCAAACGGAGCGGCAACUCGCCAUCCCGCUCAGCUCAGACCGAUCUUGAAUCUGCGCAGAGCACAUCUGAUUCACAACGUGUCUUCCCACCCACCGCUUACCAAGGUGGAAUUGGCGCCGGCCUUGUCACCCCGGGAUCCGAAGCCAAGGACGGUGCCCAUGCUCUUAAAGUUGGCUAUGGUACUAUUCCAUCCUAUGACCAUAGCCCUCGGGCACUCAACUCCCACGAAACUGCCUCUCCUGACUACAUCUCUCAUGACCCUAAUUCUGUUGACCAUGUCAUCACCAGCACUGAUACUCAGCAGUACAAGGAUCUCCCAUCAGUGUCUAUUCCUGAAGCUGUUCAUGAAGAGCACGAAGAUAAACCUCGUUCUGCCUCAACGCGUAAAGACAGCUCUGGGGCCGCCAGUGUCAGGUCUACAGAAUCUCACACUGAAUUGUUGUACCACCACCGUGGUCCAGCCCGCAGCGGCAGUAUCACGGAACAAAUCGUGGAUGUCAACGGCAUCCGAAAGGUCGUCCUCCACACCAACGGCACAAGCUCGUCGGAUGGCGACCGCUCCCCGCUCCAAACUCGUGACUCCUCCCCUACUCACAAAAACGGUGCGAUUGAUCCGAAUACUUUGGAUUCGGAAUAUCCGGGUUCGCACUCGAACUCCAAGUCGAAAAAGCGUCGUCGCCGCAAGAAGCAUGGACGAAACCCCAAGUCCGCUGACGGCGGUCCUUCUGAGGACCAACCUCUGCUGCAAUAA